UUUCAAUUUCCAAGUCGCAAAACUGCUAUAGUAAAUAUAGAAAAUGUUCUUUGAGAUUUCACAAUAUAUGGAAUAAGUAUACAGUAUCAACAGAAUGUUUUGGUGACCUUUAACUCUACAAAUUUCCUGCCCAUCUGGCAGGCACCUAAACCUAUGUACUUUGCAAGACCUGUCCCUACUGGCCGUGUAGGCAAAAUGCAGCAUCAGAGCUCUUUUCUUUCUGUACAUAUAUAAUGCUGGAGUCAUACACAUACACAAGUUCAGCAUGUGUUGGAAGUAAGCUGUGUCAAGUAUAUAAGGCCUUAGGCCUACAUAUAUGUAUAACAACCUCCUCAUGUAGUGAUAAAAUGAUAUCCUUCUACAGUUUAAAAGCAAAAAAAAAAUCGAGUGUAUAGCGCAGUAAGGAAGGGCAUGCAUGUAUUGUUAUAGGGGUCUAAUAUGUGACACAAACAUCAUGUUGUUGGGUCAUUCAGCACAAAAUUAAGACAUAAAACAUAUAAUCGUUGAAACAGUAGUAUGUGAAGGACAUAACAUCACGUACGCAGCCUGCCUAUGUACAUCGUCAAUGCUUUUGUGAGUAGUUAAAACGAGUGGGUCUAUCUCUUGAACAAAGAAAACUUAAUUCAGAGCUGGACUUUACUAUGUCGAUCUAUACGUGUAUAUAACAGGACUGAAUCGGUACAACUAAAGUGGACUUCAUUGUUUGUUGACAUCUCACACAACAAAUAUAUGGUUAGAGCAUGUAUACGCGAUGAUAUAUAUAUAAUAUGCAAUAUAAUUGUACAUAUUUUCUAAACACACACACACACACAUCGCCACCAAGGGUUCUAAUUGCAAAGAGAGAUAAACUUCUUAUAGACCUAUAUAUAUAAACUAUGAUAAAUGUGUUCACGUGAAACGAGCUAAAUAGUCGAUGUCAUUUUGCUGUACUUACUUUAGGUAAAAAUGCAUAAGUAGAUAUACAUGCAGAAUUAAAAACACCUUCCAACAUGCACGCGUACAAAUGCAUAUGCAAAGAAAACCCGAGAUAAAGAGAUAAGUUUUUUGCCGCCAUGAUCAAUUUCAUCUCAUAAAAAAUAUUGCAGGUAUUCAUGUGUUUUUCUCUCAAGUAUAUCAGCAACUAUUAUACUUAACAUACGAAAAAUGUUAUUUCUUCAUGGCCAUUCAUUGUCCUGACAAUCUUACGAAUGCUCAGCCCCACAAACUGAACAUGGAAAGUAGACUAGUCGAGUUUCGGGACAAGAUGGCAGCAGACUUGGACAGAACCAUGGAAUUUUGGCUAAAGAACUCCCACGACGAUAAAUAUGGAGGGUUCUUCACCUGCCUCACUAGAGACGGGAAGGUGUAUGACGAAACCAAAUACUGCUGGCUCCAAGGCAGACAGGUGUGGACAUAUUCCAGACUGUACAAUGAUGUGAAACGUUUCCAUAAACCUGAAAUACUGGACGCUGCUCGGAAUGGAGGUGAGUUUCUUAUGAAAUAUGUCAAAAAUCCGGAGACCUGGAAGUGCUAUUUUUCGCUAACAAGAGAUGGGAAACCGUUGAAAAUCCAGCGAACUAUUUUCUCGGAGUGCUUUUACCUUAUGGCUUUGUCAGAGCUCGCCAGAGCCACUGGGGACCCGAAGUACAAGACCGAGGCCCUGAAAAUGAUGGAUAAGAUACUGUACUGGGUUCGAGUGGAUGACACAGAGUUAGGCCGUCCAAAACUGGCAGGAAUGGAGUCCGUGAACAAGAUGGCCAUACCUAUGGUGAUUCUAUGUCUGAUAGACCAACUAGUCACCAUGGAACCAGGGUUACUUGACAAAUAUCGGAGUGACAUGAAAUGGUGUAUCUCCCAAGUACUUUCACACGUCCAGAGAGACGGAAAGGUUGUUCUUGAAAACGUGUCUUUUGACGGUAAAGAACUACCUGGAUGUGCAGGUCGACUAAUGAACCCAGGUCAUGCUAUUGAAGCCGGUUGGGUCUUGACGACACUGGCAAAUAGGCUAGAAGACAACACUCUGAAGAGCAUAGCCAUUGAGAAGUUCAUUGACACGUCCUUCGAGAACGGUUGGGACAAGAAGUACGGUGGGAUAUUUUACUUUCUCGAUGCAGAUGGCCUGUCGCCAGCGCAACUAGAAUGGAACAUGAAGCUUUGGUGGCCGCACAACGAAGCUCUCAUAGCAUUUUUGAUGGCCUACAAAGAGACGAAAAAUUCUGAAUACUUUCAAAAAUUCUCCAAAGUCUUCGAUUACGCUUACAAGCAUUUCGUCGACGAUGUACACGGAGAAUGGUUCGGAUAUCUGGAUCGGAGGGGAGAAAUUAAUAUGGAUUUCAAAGGAGGGGAUUACAAAGGAUGUUUCCACGUGGCAAGAUACCUCAUGAUGUGCGAAAAAAUGGCCACGGAGCUGCUUGGUAAUGAGUAAACGAUACAUGCUAGCCCCUUUCUCGUAUAUCGUCUCCAGGGCAUCAUGUCUUCAGUAUUUAAAUUAUUCGAUUGUAGUUCGGAAUGAAAAAUAAAAUAGAAC